AUGGCGUGGCACUCCUCCGGAUGGGACUCUUCGUGGAGUGGCUGGGAUUGGAGCAGCUACGGGCAAGGUGCCACGUGGGGUGGCACUGGUGGCCACAGUGGAAGUGCGGCAACCGCACCGGUUGCCACGGCAGCAGUUGCCCCGGCGCCAGCUGCAUCUGGCAAGGGCAGUGGUAAAGGCAAGAAAGGUGCUGCUACGAGUGGUGGCAAAGGUGGCCACAGUGGUGCGGCAACCGCGCCGGUUGCCGCAGCGGCUGGGCCAGCAAGCUCAGCAAGCUCCGGCCUGGCCCCAAACUGGGAGCAAGUCACCGAUGCUGGCACUGGCAUGCCCUACUACUGGAACCCCGUCACAGGGGAGACGAGCUGGCAGGCCCCGCAAGAGGCAGCGAGGGGGAGGAGUUGGAAGGAUCGCAAGCGCGGGCUGAAGGGCGAGGCCAAGAAGGCGGAGAAUCGCAGGAAGUCAGGCCUAGCCUCGAAGAUCAUCAGGGACAAGGUGACGAGGAAGUUCAUCGACAGGCUGGCUCAGAAAGACACUGUGAUCGGCAAUUUGCAGGCGCUACAGGCCACCUCAGUGGUGAUGGGACAAGUUCGCGAACAAGAGCGAGACAAAGCCCAGGGGGAGCGUGAUGAGCUGGAGCAGAAGCUUCGCAAGAUGGAGAGCGCCCUGGUCAAGAGCCAGAUGGAGCUGGAGAUGAGCCAGAAGAUCGGUGCCGUGCACGCGACCCGCAUCGAGGACCUGGAGAAGGACAAAGCCCUUCUCCAGGACACCUUGAAGGAGCAGUCCCGGUCGCAGACGACCCAGGCAGCCGAGGUGGAGGAGCUCAAGAAGGACCUCGAGCGACAUCGGGGUCGGCGCCUGGAGCAGCAGGGCUUGGCCGAGAAGAUCCUCGCGGACCAGCUCGCUGCGGAGAAAGCAAGCACAGCGCUGGCGAAGGCACCAACAUCCUACACUGCACAUCAGGGGGCUUGCUCUGCAAAGGCGGAUCUCCUCAGCUACAAGAAGCAGCACGAGGCCGAGCGAAAGAUUUGGAAGAAGGAGAGAAGCAAGGACGCGAUGUUGCAAAUCGAUCUCAUGACCAACGACUACGAGAAGCAGAAGGCCGGCCAGCAGGCUUUGAACCGGGGCCUGGACAGCCAGCUGAAGGAUGCCCGCGAUGAGCUGGCCAGCCUCAAGAAGGACGAUGACUCACCCUCACCUCCGAUGGUCCCGACGGAGCUGGCCUCGCCAAGGUCGGAGUCGCCGCCUGGCAUGAUCGACUGA